UCACAGCCAUUCUAUCCGCGUCUCAGAGAGAAACCAGAAGAAACCCUAACCCUAGCCUUUAUCUUUUUCUUCCCCCGCAACCCCUUUUUUUUUUUAUUUAAAUUUUUUUUCUUGUGUCCUUGUGUAAUUUAUUAUACGGACAUCAUGGAGGAGUUGAGUAGCAAGAGGCGAGUCAGGGAUGAGUCGGCCGAGUCGGAUUUUGACUCGCCCGAGGUGAAGAAACUCAGGGAGGAUUUGUUUUGUGCUCUUGAUGACUCGGAUCCGGACCUUGUGAGUCGGGAUCUGGAGUCGGUGAUGAAGAGUUUUGAGGUGGAGAUUUCUGCAUCGUCUUCCUCGCCGGCGCCGGUGGUGGAUCUGACGUCUGAUUCGGCCGAGUCUCAGCCGGAUCUCGGUUACCUCUUGGAAGCUUCGGAUGAUGAGCUUGGUUUGCCGCCUCCUACAACCAUCACGGCUGCCGGAGAGGAUGUGAAGAGUGGAGGUGAAGUUACUGAGUUGGUGCGAGUCGACUCGGAUUCAUCUGGAAUCGACGAGUUGUGGGGAUUUGACGAUCAGAUCCCGGCCUACGGCUCGUUUCAGAUGGGAGUCGGAGACAAUUAUAACGGUGGAAACGUGGCCUAUGACAAUUUAUAUGACUAUUCGGAUGUGUGUUUUGAUUCUUCCGAUUAUUCCAGUUUCUUAUGGCGGCCGGAAACCUCGUCGGCCGAUUAAAGGAAAACCGGACGGAACACAGGACUGCCCGCCGUUUUGUAAAUUUUUUUAUUUUAUUUUAAAAAGGAUUAAAUAUACAUAAUUAGGAUUAGAAGGUUCUAAUGUAACUCGACAAGUUAGCCUUUGGGGAUUCGCCAGUUGCUUCCUUUGAAGCGAAUGGAAUUAAAUUCUUCCAGCCUUUCUGCAAGAAUAUAUUCUUUCAGUAUUUCGUAAUUACUCAUUUUUUA